AUGAGUGCAACGAAGUAUGUCUACGGCUGUUCGAUGAGGGAAGGAAAUUUUGCGACCACGCAUAACAGCUGCUUCAAGAUAGAUAGCCUGGUUAAGGUCAACGUGGAGUCAAUCCUCCGCAAGGGGCUUGACAAUCCACCGUCCCAGGUUCAUGGAUGUGUUGAUACUCGUUCUAUCCAUGAGAUCAUCAACUCCGAGGAUCCUCAUGACCCCAUCAAAGUUUUUGCUCUGCCUCCGAGGCAUUACGCACAGGAAUGCUCGUUCGUGCCUCGCAAGGAUGGUGUCUCUGAGGAUGAUGGAUGGCUCGUUACGUAUGUUUUUGACGAAUCUUGGCUGGAUGACCGCGGAGAUCCUCUGCCGGACGCACAUAGUGAGUUAUGGAUCAUUGAUGCGGUGAGCAUGAAGGAAGUCGUUGGCCGGGUGGUCUUGCCACAACGGGUUCCGUACGGAAUGCAUGGAAGUUGGUUCUCGGAAGAAGAGAUCUUGAACCAAAGAGGGGUACAUCAUUAUCGCAAUGAGUAG